UCGCAACUGUUUGACAAAAUGCUACAGUAACAUUUGUCCGCAAGAAAACGUGCCUUUGACGUGCCGUCUUUCCUUCUUCUAUUCCUUCCUUCGUCCCCUCUCUCUCUCUCUCUCUCUCUCUCUUCCUUCUUCUAUUCUCCCUCCUUAAAUUCCCACCGAGAACCCAGAGAUCUUUACAUCCCAUAUAUUACCAUAAUUUGUAUAUGUAUUCUUAGAUUCAGCCCUUCUUGUUCUUCAAUUCUGGGUCGCUCUGUGUUUGGAAUUACUGGGUUUUAGUCUUAAUUUUCACUUCACACACAGAGAGAUAUCUAUAUACAUACACAUACCAAAAUUUGUAUAUGUAUUUGUAGAUUCAGCUCAUCUUGUUCUUGAAUUAUGGGUCGCUCUGUUCUUGGAAUUACUGGGUUUUAGUCAUAACUCACAUCUCUCACCCACACAGAGAUAUAUAUACAUCUAUAUACCAAAAUUUAUCUGUCUAUUUGUUGGUUCAGCCCAUCUUGUUCUUGAAUUCUGGGUUGCUCUGUGAUUGGAAUUACUGGGUUUUAGUCAUAAUUUUGAUAUGCUUUCAAUGGAAGCAUCAUCAUCAUGUUCUUCACCGCUCUCAGUUCACUCGAGGAGGGUUGACUUGGUUCCGCCUUCUUUCUCUCGGCCUCGUCACCGCCUUGUCUCCACCAAAUUCGCCACAGCACAACCCAAUUGCCCCUUGCCUAUAACAAGUAGUUGUAGUAGUAAUUUUUCUACUUACUUUGGCAUUUCAAUCUCACCCAACAACUCCUUUCAUACGCUUUCUCUGUCUUCCUCUCGAAAAAAGCGAUCUUUGCCGGUGAUUUUUGCAUCAUCGAGCGUUGAUGUGCGGUUCACGGAGAGAGCAAUUAAGGCAGUGAUGUUUUCCCAAAGAGAAGCCAAAUCUUUGGGCAACGAAAUGGUGUUUACGCAGCAUGUUUUGCUGGGUUUGAUUGCUGAAAGCCGUAGCUCUGAUGGGUUUCUUGGUUCUGGGAUCACCAUUGAUGUGGCUCGCGAGGCUGUUCGUAGUAUUUGGAACAAUGAAGAAAGUAAUGAUCAGAAUUCGGUUAAGUCUGAGGCUUCUUUGGUCACCUCUGCAACUGAUGUGCCAUUUUCGACUGGCGCGAAGCGAGUAUUUGAGGCUGCAGUUGAGUAUUCUAGGACAAUGGGUUAUAAUUUCAUUGCGCCUGAGCACAUUGCUAUUGGCCUCUUCACUGUUGAUGAUGGCAAUGCAGGGCGUGUCCUCAAGAGAUUAGGGGCAAAUGUAGAUCACUUGGCAACUGUAGCAGUGUCCAGACUUCAAGGAGAGGUUGCCAAAGAUGGUAGAGAAUUACCGGCUGCACCAAAAGGGACACGUGAUAAAUCAUUUCCUUCAAAAUCCACUGCUAUCAGAUCCUCUGAGAUAACAAGAGAUAAAAGUGCUUUGGAUCAAUUCUGUGUGGAUCUCACUGCUCGUGCUGGUGAUGGACUCAUUGAUCCUGUGAUUGGCCGAGACACCGAAGUUCAGAGAAUCAUUGAGAUACUUUGCCGAAGGACCAAAAAUAAUCCUAUUCUUCUCGGGGAGGCUGGAGUAGGUAAAACAGCCAUUGCUGAAGGGUUGGCAAUUAGUAUUGCUCAGGCGAACGUUCCUGCUUUUUUGUUGACAAAGCGCAUCAUGUCCUUGGAUAUUGGUCUGUUAAUCGCAGGCGCAAAGGAGAGGGGAGAAUUAGAGGGACGUGUUACUACAUUAAUUAACGAUGUAAAGAAGUCAGGCAAUGUCAUUCUUUUUAUUGAUGAAGUUCAUACGCUAAUUGGUUCGGGUACGGUUGGACGAGGAAACAAAGGGUCAGGUCUUGACAUUGCAAAUCUACUGAAGCCAUCCCUUGGGAGGGGUGAAGUACAGUGUAUUGCAUCUACAACCAUGGAUGAAUACAGGACGCAUUUUGAAAAGGACAAAGCAUUAGCACGAAGAUUCCAGCCUGUGUUGAUUAAUGAACCCAGUCAGGAGGACUCAAUUAGGAUACUAUUGGGUUUGCGUGAAAAAUAUGAGGCCCAUCACAAAUGUAAAUACACAUUAGAGGCCUUGAAUGUUGCUGUGCACCUAUCAGCAAGGUAUAUUCCUGAUAGGCAUCUUCCUGACAAGGCUAUUGAUCUCAUUGAUGAGGCGGGAAGUAAAGCUCGUGCAGAAUCCUUCAAAAGAAGAAAGGAGCAGCAAACUUGUAUACUUUCAAAGUCACCAGACGAUUAUUGGCAUGAGAUCAGAGCCGUUUCGGCCAUGCAUGAAGUGGUCCUCGCAAGUAAACUGACUAAAGAUGAUGGUGCUUCUAGCAUUGAAGAUGAUAGCGAACUUCCAGAUACCUCUUUGCCUGGCACAUCUGAUGAUGAUGAACCUGUUGUGGUUGGACCUGGUGAUAUAGCAGCAGUUGCUUCACUUUGGUCAGGGAUUCCAGUUCACCAGCUCACUGCUGAUGAAAGAAUGCUUCUGGUGGGCCUUGAUGAGCUGCUUAAGAAACGGAUUGUUGGUCAAGAUGAAGCAGUUGCAUCAAUUUGUCGAGUCGUUAAGAGAUCCCGGGUUGGCCUGAAUGACCCCACGAGGCCAAUUGCUGCAAUGCUGUUCUGUGGCCCCACUGGGGUUGGCAAAACCGAAUUGACAAAAGCUUUGGCAGAGUGCUAUUUUGGUUCAGAGGCUGCCAUGCUGAGAUUGGACAUGAGUGAAUAUAUGGAGCGGCAUACUGUGAGCAAGUUAAUAGGCUCACCCCCUGGUUAUGUAGGCUAUGGGGAAGGAGGCACUCUUACAGAAGCUAUCAGAAAGCGACCUUUCACCGUGGUAUUGCUUGAUGAAAUAGAAAAAGCCCAUCCAGAUAUAUUUAAUAUUCUCCUCCAAAUAUUUGAAGAUGGUCACCUGACUGAUUCUCAGGGUCGAAGAGUAUCAUUUAAGAAUGCAUUGGUGGUGAUGACGUCUAAUGUGGGUUCAACUGCCAUUGCAAAGGGUAGGCACAACUCCAUUGGUUUCUUGAUUGGGGAUGACGAGUCGACCUCAUAUGCUGGAUUGAAAGCACUGUUAAUGGAAGAACUUAAGGCAUACUUCCGACCAGAGUUGCUGAACAGGAUAGAUGAAGUAGUUGUAUUCCGUCCCUUGGAGAAGACUCAGAUGCUUGAAAUAUUAAAUAUAAUGAUGCUAGAGGUGAGAGGAAGGCUUUUAUCUCUGGGAAUUAAUCUGGAGAUCUCUGAAGCAGUAAUGGACCUCGUAUGCCAACAAGGUUUCGACACUAGUUAUGGUGCCCGGCCUCUGAGAAGGGCAGUUACUCACAUAAUUGAAAAUCUUUUGAGUGAAGCAAUUCUUUCUGGAGAUUGCAAGCCCGGUGACACUGCCAUCAUCGACUUGAACGAUUCAGGAAACCCAGUCAUCACUAAUCACCGUUCAAGAAAGAAUAUUUACUUGACUGAUACAACAUCCUCCUUAUAGAGCAUCAUAUCAAUUCUUGGUGUAACUUUAUCAAACUAAAUUUUGUUUAUGUAUAGUGUAGGCGAUACACUCAUUCGUGUAUAGAUAAGGAGGGAAAAUGACGAGAUGCAGAAUUAUUCUUUGGACCAUAAAAACCGUUUUGGUCCAUAAAUCGCAAUAGGUAUUCCUUUUCAUUGAUGACAACUUGCAGUUCUUUUUGUUGCAAAUGAGUCAAUUUAUAUAACCGAGUUGUCCAAAAAAUAAUAAAAGUGUAGUGGUAAAAUA